AUGUAUAUAACUGCUGUUCGAUUUUUCCGUUCCUCUUCUUGUAUAAAGAAUGUCGUCAACGGCCAAUGGCAAACUACACAUUAUACCAUCAAGGUAAAACUGCAUCUCCUUGCUUUAGCUUAGUUAUUGGAAUGGAGUUAGGAGUAAGAUAAAAAUUGUUUAAAAAAAGAGCUUUUUACUGAGGAUUCGAAUUAUUCGUUUCCAGGACAGGAGUAAAGAUCCGCGAUGGAAAGACAUUGACAUGGAACGCGCCAGCGACAACUACGACGUGGUGAUCGUUGGCGGAGGUCCUUCAGGCCUUUCGACGGCUAUAAAACUCCGUCAACUCGCUGAAAAGGAGCAGAAAGGUUUUAUUUCGGAAGUUUCCAAAACAGCGUUUAAGGAAUAAAAAAAUUAUCUGUGCUUUAGUGCAGUGAAAUAUUUGAGGUUGAAUUGGACACUGUUGUUAGGAACGAAAUUAUGAUUUUUUGGAUCAGUUUUCAACCUUUUGUCUGAAGUUUGACUCUUCAAAAUCUGCAAACAAUUUUUAUAUUUUUUUUUUUGGGAUCGAUUUUAGAAUCCGUACAUAGUUCUAUAGUAAAUAACUGAUUUUAUUUUUUUCUAAUCUUUUAUUUUUUGAAUUAUUUUGAUGCUCUAUAGCUUUUUGUUUCCAGAGCUGCGAGUUUGCGUCAUUGAGAAGGCUCCAGAGAUUGGCGCCCAUAUUCUUUCUGGCGCUGUUAUCGAGACGAGAGCCUUGGAUGAACUUCUUCCUAAUUGGAAAGAACUCGGAGCUCCGAUUCAUCAGAAAGUCACCGUAAGUUUCAGAUCUAACUUGAUAAAACCGGCAUAAUUAUUAAGGGAGAGAGUGUCGCGAUUUUGACGGAAAAGGGCAGAAUUCCGGUGCCAAUCUUCAAAGGAAUCCCACUUUAUAAUCAUGGAAACUACGUGGUUCGACUGGGAAAAGUCGUCCAGUGGCUGGGAGAACAAGCGGAGGCCGCUGGGGUCGAGAUUUGGCCUGGCGUCGCCGCCGCAGAAGUGAGUUUUGAGCGAUUUUCUAGAGAAGAGAUUAAAGUGUAUAGUUUCAAGAUUGGUAACAGUGGAAGUAUAAGGAGGCCCAAAUUGAUAAUUUUGCAGAAGUUUUUCCAGAUAUUUCAGAUAAGAGCUAAACGAACUCCAUGUGAUAUUUUACUUUUACUCGAGCUACGGUUUGCAAAAAAAAAAAACACUUUUAAAACAAAUUUACUAUAAUCCAGUGCAUUCAUUUGGGAGAGAAAUCGUUUCGAAAGGAAAGUUCAAGAAAAGGAAAUUAGCAAUCUUGUGCAUAUAUUCAAAUUCACCGUGGUGAAUGAAAAGUCAAUGCAUAUAAUUUGAGUUGAGUUACUUGUUUCCGCUAACUCUAAAUUGGCUAAGUUAGAGUAAAUUAUCCUAAUCAGAUUAUUAUAUGGCUACUUUUACCACUAGGUCUUGUACAACGAAGACGGCAGUGUCAAGGGUAUCGCGACGAAUGACGUCGGCGUUGCUAAGGACGGCUCCCCUAAGGUUUUCCAAUACUUACACUCGGAUGACACUUAGUUUCGCUGGUUAAGGAGGGCUUCGAAAGAGGCAUGGAGUUACACGCCAAGUGCACCGUCUUCGCCGAGGGCUGCCGUGGCCAUCUCAGCAAACAGGUUUUCUUUUGAGAUUCUUCUAGGAUCAAUAAGGUUCUCUCAUCCUCCGGCGUCACAGAAUGUCUGUUUGCGAGAAUAAAUUGAAUUGAAUUGAUUUGAAAGAACAUUGAGUUCAGUUUUUAGGUUAUGGACAAGUUCGAGUUGAGAGAACAUCCGCAUACUUAUGGAAUCGGCCUCAAGGAAUUAUGGGAAGUUGAUCCGGCCAAGCACAAGCCUGGAUACGUCGAACACACUGUUGGAUGGCCUAUGGUUUAUUUUUGGGUUAUGCAAAUUUGAGCCCAUCAGAUUUUUUCAAAAUCAAAUUUGAAAAGAGUACUAAAAUUCCCUUUUUUUUUCCAAAUUUUCAUUUCAAGAAGAUUGACGACUCUUUUUUGCGUUUUUUUUCUCGUUUUUUAAGUUUUAAAUUUUCACGGGAAACUUCUCCGUGUGCACUACAACUUCGAUUUCUUCACACUUUGAACAGUUUCGGUAUUCAGCCCCGAGACCAGUACGGUGGCUCAUUCCUGUACCACCUGGAAGAUGAUGGACAACCUCUGGUUGCUAUCGGAUUCGUCAUGGCCUUGGACUACAAAAACCCUUACAUGAACCCUUAUAAGGUUUCAAAAUCAUCAAAAACCGAUUAUCACUUCGUUUCAAGGAAUUCCAAAGAUACAAGCUGCAUCCAUCGAUCAGCAAGCAUUUGGAAGGCGGAAAACGCAUCGGAUACGGCGCUAGGGCUUUGAACGAAGGCGGCUAUCAGAGCAUUCCAAAACUCACUUUCCCUGGUUAUUCAAUGAAAUUUCUGAGGACAUUUUGGAAUUGGACAUUUUCAGGAGGAUGUCUGAUUGGUUGCUCGGCAGGAUUUUUGAACGUCGCCAAGAUCAAGGGAACUCACAACGCGAUGAAAAGUGGAAUGGUGGCCGCUGAGGCGAUUUUCGACACUAUCAAGGAAAAUGAGGAAGCAACGAGUAUUUUGCACCUUUUUUAGUUGCGAAGACAUUUUUUGAUUUUCAGCGAUCAAUCCGGAAAAAUAUCCUAAAGCGUUGGAGGACAGCUUUGUGAUGAAGGAACUCAAGGCGACAAGAAAUAUUCGACCUUCUUUCAAUUCCUCUUUGGGUUCGUUUUUAUUUUAUUUUACGAGUUUUAGUGUAGUUUUGUCAUGGGGGAUGGUUAUAUUAAACGAAGAGGUUGAAAAUUAAAAACUUCAAUUUUCCUUCAAGCUGGAAAAGUUUUAUAUACUUUUUUUAAAAUCUCUCCAUUUGACCAAUAAAGUGUGUGUUUUUAGUUAAUUUUUUUUCUAUUAAAGAAAAAAAUUAAAAAGUAAGCCGGAAUCUUUCUUUUUUUGAAUUCAAUUUUCAGGUUAUAUCGGUGGAAUGCUUUACACCGGACUUUUCUACGUUUUGGGCCGAGGUUUGGAGCCGUGGACCUUGCAGCAUGGCAAGAAGGACAAUGAGAAGACCGAGGAGGCCAAAAACUACAAGGUUUGCCUCAAAGAGAGAAAAAGUUAUUAUUUUUGUUCUUUAGGAGAUUGACUACCCUAAGCCUGAUGGAAAGCUGACCUUCGACCUUCUGACUUCGGUCGCCCUCACCGGAACCAACCACGCCGAGAAUCAGCCUUGCCAUCUGACCCUCAAGGACGACAAAAUUCCCACUGAAGUCAACCUUCCCAAGUUCGCCGGUCCGGAAAGCCGGUUCUGUCCUGCCGGUGAGACUAAUAAGUUCAUUACUAGAAAUUUUGAAAAAUAUCUGGAAGAACCUUUCACUUCCACUGGCUAUUGAUAAGUGGAAGAGAAUUAAUCGUAACUUUAUCGAACAUUCCUUUCUUAUUUAGACAAUGCAAACUUUUCUGAGAGUCAAAAAAGACCUUAUGAACGACUUUUUUGAAGAAUGUAUUGAGUAAACUUAUUUUUGAGAAAUAUAGAACAGAAAAAGACCUUAAAAACGUCGACUUCACCCAUGACCAAAACAACACAAUUAAUGAAAGCUCCCAAUAAUUUGACUGGCGCAACCCUAGCGCAACAGAUUUUGUGCCAGUCUAAGGUCCAAAGGGUCACUAGUUCAAUCUCCGCCGCGACAUAACUAAGCGGUUCAAGAAAUAUUGGGAGUGGGAACCCAGGCCUCCAAAAUCCCCAGCUACACAACGUCGCUCAAGCGCUACAAGGGCGUAGUACGAAGCAGAUCACAAUAAUAUGACUGAAACCAUGACUAUAAGUUUGAGUACUCUCAUCGCAGUUUUGAGACCUUAUUUAAUAAAGAUUUUUACACUCAUCACGGAAAACUCUGUGAAAAAAGAGAUCUAUAAGUCGCUAUCCCUGUAGUAUACUUGUCUCAGGCUAGCUUUGAAUAAAUUAUACUUUUUUUUAAAACCAAUCAGAGCUCUUUACGAUUUUUAUCAUUUCGUAGGAGUCUACGAGUUCGUGCCAAGCGAAACGGACUCGUCGAAGUCGCGGCUGCAAAUCAACGCCCAGAACUGCAUCCACUGCAAGACGUGCGACAUCAAGGACCCGUUGCAGAACAUCAACUGGGUGACGCCCGAAGGCGGCGGCGGCCCCAAGUACCAGGGCAUGUAA